GUCACACCAUCUUUCAACAUAUUCUAUUCAAAAAGAUAUCAAAAUUAGAACAGAGAUUCCAGUGAUGAUGAUAUUAAAACAACAACUAAAAGACAACAAACACAGAAUUAAUGAUGAAACCAGCAAUGACAAGGACACCAACCUAGAGAAAAUGAAGCG